AAGAGGAGGUUUUCGGUGGUCGGUACUUUUUCUAGAAGAUCAGUCGGUGGCAAACCGCAACUGGGUGUGGAGAUGAUCUCGCUGAAGACGUUGGGCCUUAUGGCCUUGCUGCUGGGUGUGAGCUGGGCCUAUCAGGUCAAACCGAGGAACUACCACAAGCUGGUGGAGCAACAGAAGAAGUUUAAUGAUCGAUUCGAGAAGGAAUUCUUGACCGAGCAUCUGAAGUAUACGGAGACUGGGGUCAAAUCGGUUAGGCUGAGCGAAAUGUUUGAUCAUCUACGACAGAAGCCGGACAUGUUCCGACAAGAGCUGGAUAACCACCCACUCCCCUACCAGACGACGGAGUGUACGGCAUGUCGGGCUUUGGUCACCACUUACCUAACAUACCGUCGAGUCUUGAACUGGGAUCGUGACCGCAUUGCAGCUCAAGCUGCAUCCACCUGUGAUACGUUGGCGAUCCUCUUGCCGGAAAACUGUGUGAAGGUUAUUGAUAAGAACAUUGACAUUUUCCUGUACAUCAUCGACAACAGGCCAAGCCUGACGGCGCAGACUAUUUGCGGAGUAAUCUUCCAGUCCGGAGCGUGUGUCUUGGAAGAUCGGGAAUUCCUGGAUUGGACCAUAAACGUGGCUCCAGGAGGCACUCCUAUUACAUCGUCCAAGACGGGAUCUAGUCGAGGCCCGAAUGAUUUAAAGAUUGUUCAUCUGACUGAUUUGCACUACGAUCCUCACUACCGCACAGGUUACAACGCAGUCUGUGGUGAGCCAUGUUGCUGUCGUGAAGCUCAAGGAAUUCCGGAGAACCCGGAUGAGAGAGCUGGAGAAUGGGGAGAUUACCGUGACUGUGACUCGCCUUGGAAGGCUGUUGAGGAUGCGGUUCGCGAAGCAGGUCGUCGACAUCCGGAUGCUGCGUACGUGUACCAUACGGGAGACAUUAUCGAUCAUGGCGUAUGGGAAACGACCAUACCUGGAAACGUUCGUUCGAUAACUCUCACGAUGAAUCUACUGAAGGAUGUUUUCGGUAGUACUCCGGUGUACAACGUGUUGGGAAACCAUGAGAUCACUCCAACCAAUGUGUUUGCUCCAAGUCAUAUCGAUCGGCCUGAUUUCUCGCCAAGUUGGGUCUACGAACUGGUUGCCGAUCAAUGGGAAAGCUGGCUUCCAGCGGCAGCAAAGCAGACCAUUCUUGAAGGAGGAUACUAUACCGCUUUGGUUCGACCAGGAUUCCGUGUGAUUGGACUCAACAACAAUGAUGCUUACACCUUCAACUGGUGGAUUCUGUACGACCCCGCGUACAUGCGAGGACAACUGCAAUGGCUGCACGAUACUCUGCUGGAAGCCGAAAGGGCUGGCGAGAAGGUUCAUAUCUUGGCUCACAUCCCUAUUGGUGCUGGAACGAGUUUCGUAACCUGGGCCCGCCAGUAUCGCCGGAUUCUGGAUCGUUUCUGGAACACCGUGAUGGCACACUUCCAUGGACAUACGCACGCCGAUGAGUUCAACAUAUUCUACUCGGCUUCGAACCCUCAACAUGCUAUCAAUGUGGCCUUCAACGGAGGUGGAACCGUUCCCUUCAGUAACUUCAACCCCAACUAUGUGGUUUACUAUGUUAAUCCUCAGACUUACGACGUCACCGACUUUGAGUCUUUCUACUUUAACCUGACCGAGGCAAACCUCAACCCAACGAGAAACCCCCUCUGGACGGAUCUGUACUCGUUUUCGCGGGACUUUAACAUUCCCAACGUAUCCCCAGCCUCGUUGGAUACCCUAGCCCGUCGUUUCGGAUCAACCCCUUCGGAGUUGAAUCGCUACUGGGAGAUGAAAGUGAAACGUGGCGACCCCUUCCUCGAGCAGGGCUGUGACGGUGAGUGCCUGUUGAACCACCUGUGCGAAAUCGUUACCAACGAAGCUAACGACGACCAGAAGUGCAACGAACUGGUUGCUGCAUUCCGCCAAAUCGACGACGAUAAGUGGAACUGGAAAAAGUAAUAAAUUGAUUUGCCAAAGUGCAUCUCGAUAUUUA